AUGUAACAUUUUUAUAUCUUCAUCUAAAUUAUUGUUAAAAUAGUCCUUUUUAUUUUGUUUUAUAUUAAAUUACUACUUUGUAACUAUGCCAGAAAGAACGAAAAUAAAAUGUGAUGGAAAAUAAACAUUCGCCAUCCAAGAAAUUAAUAUCCAUCCAAGAAGAGAAAUUAUUACGUGAAGUCGAUUACGAUUCUCUUGGUGGAGGUUUGCCCCACUUAUCUAAGAAGCAACUACUUCUAGAUUUAGAAAUACUUCAAAAGGGCUCAGCCCAUCGACAGCCAUCACAAAGAGUACUAAUAUCUAUUAAAUCUAGAGCACCAGCAAUUAAAACACUAUAUAUAGCUGAGAAGAGUAGGUUUUAUGCUAAAAAGGGUUCGAAUAAAUCAGGUUCUAGACUAGCUAUAGGAGAUUAUUCAUCUUUUACAACUCAUAGUACUGACGACAACUCUAAUAUUCUGAAAUCAAUUGCAUGUGAAACAGAGCAACGAAACGAAAUAAAUGACGAUGUUUUAGAGGAAAAUUCAUCUAUCAAUGAUCAAGUAGAAACUUCAACAACUGUUUUUAACUAUUUCCAGUGUGAAACUCAAAAAAUAUGUAAUACUCCACGGCAAGCAGCUGAAAAAUGUUAUAUCUUUACUCAGCCGCAAUUAACUAUGAACCUUCCUAAAGUUGCUGCUAAUAGUGAUAAGCCUAAAAUAAACUCAAAUAAAGUGGAUAUUGCAACUCUUAUAGUCACAAAUACUUCUUCUGAAGAUUCAACUUUACCUUAUAUUAGUACUUUGCAUAACUUAAACAAAAGGAUAGAUUAUUUAGAACGCAAAAUUAUGAGACAGAAAAAAGUUUUACGCUCAAUUGAUCCUAAUAUACCCCUAUCUUCAUCAGAUGAAGAAACUAAGGAUAAUAUAAUUAAAACUUCAUCUGGAAUAGAUCAUCCAUGUUGCAGCUAUAUAGAGCAAUACAGUCACAUCCCAGAAACAUCAGCUUUUCAAAGAUAUGCUCAACAAACAGCACCGCUAUCCUUAAAUAAAACUGCUUCUCUUGAAAAAGAACAUAAUUCUGAACAAUAUAGCCGUGAUUUUACGACUUAUGAUGGUAUAACGGCACGAGGUAGAAGACAAUGUGCUUCUGUACCAUGCAAACGAGACGAUAUUCCAAAAAUGGCUGCUGAAAGAGUGCAUAAGAUACGCCACAAACUUAAUUCUGUUCGUGAUUAUCGGCUAAUGGACACAGUCCACUAUUUAGCUCAAGGUGAAUUCGCUCCUCGUGACGAUGGUAUAAAAUUGACACCUUCUCGAGAAGCAGUGCUCAGUGAUAUUAUAUGGGAAGAUGUGUGUCGUACACAUUGGCCGAAUACUCGCUUAGGUCGCCGAAUAGCACAUCCUGAAAGAUGCAAAACUAGAUGUGAAUUGCAGCGAUUAAUUGACAGUUUAUUAAGAGAACGGGUUGCACACGUUGAACGCAGACGACGGCGUCAUUACAGAAUCGUUAAAUUAAAUCAUCGUCAUGAAAGUUGCAGACCUGUCGGAAAAACCGGUGAUAUAAUAGUGGCUAGCCAUAAAAACAAACAGGCUAACGAUGAUAGAGGUGUUCCUAUUAACAAUGUCAAUGCAGUUAGUGCAGUAAUGACCGAUAGGCGCUGGGAUGAACAAAAUGUACGCAAAAGACACAGAAGUCAUGAUCGCUUAAUUAUGCCACAUAUCCGACAAAAUUAUCAAUCAAAAUUAGAUGACUGUUUGCCAGGCCCUAGUUAUGCCGUUCCUCGAUCAUCGACUAACAGAGAAGCAACAUAUUGUUAUCAUACUACAAGCCCUAUUAAGUCUGAGAAAGAUACAAUUUUAUCACAAAAUGCAAAUCGUAAUAUAAGAACGCAAGAAUUAACAAGUGAAAGUAGUUCAACUUAUAAGCCUGGUAGUAAAACUCCUCGUCUUGUUAUAAAAAAAGAUACUUCAAGACGUAAAUAUCAAUCCAAAGACGAACCUGAUCUUGAGCAUUACAUAUUGUUGCCUACUUUAGUACUUCGAACACCAUCCAAUGUGAAACGGCAAAAGAAAUUUAACGAACUAUAUCACCGAAUAUUAAAUAUUCAUCUAAAUAAAACUCAAAAUAGUAAUGUAAAUCCUGAAAUUCCUGAACAAGAGGUAAAUGGAAACCGCAAUAUGAAAGAUAUCGGUUUGAAUAUUAAUAUUACUCUAUCAAAUAGCUCGGAACAGUUGCUUACGAAAUAAUUAUGAUGAUUAGUUUUAUAAUUUAUAGUCAU